AUGGGCUGGCUAUGGAACACCACCAAAGACCCACCUCCCCCCAACCCAAUCACCACCACCGCCGACCCACCCACCCUCCCCGACCAACCACCCGCAAGCCCCCCCGACCCAACCACCACCACCCACCCACGCCUCCCCGACCACCCACCCGCCAGCACCCCCGACCCGACAUCCCUCCCCCCCCCCAUAACCCCCGCAACAACCCUCCCCACCACCCUCUCCUGCCGCUCCGCCUUCGACGCGGCCUUCCACUGCCAGUCCUUCGGCGGCCAAUUCGCCCACGUGUACCGCUACGGCAGCCUGCGCGGCUGCGGCGACCACUGGGCCGACUUCUGGUUCUGCGUCCGGACGAACCGCGGGGUCGCGGGGGAGGAGCGGCGGAGGGAGAGGGUGCGGGCGUGGGCGGCGGGGAGGGAGAGGGAGAAGUAUGGGGGGGGGAGAAGGGGAGUAGUGAGGAUGUGUGGGAGGCGAGGAGGUGGAAGGUUGGGGGGCGUUUGGGGGGGAUUGGGCGGAUUUGGUGAGGGGGGUGGGGGAGGAAGAGGGGGGAGGGGGAGUGAGGUGGGAGUUGGGGAGGAUGGUGAGGAUGGGUGCAGGGGAGGGGGUCGGUCUAGGGAUUCGGAAUGA